ACACGGAAAAGAAACAUUGGUGUUAAGGGACGGCUAAAGCAGCCUGGUUAAAAAUUUACAAAAAAAACAUCUCUGUAGCCAGUUGCUUUUACGUUUGUUAGAAUUUUAGAGGAUUUUUCAGUGGUAAUAUGUUUAAGCUAAAUCUUGUACAUACAGGUUUUCCUCUCCUGUCAACUUUGUACGUGUCUCUGAGAGAUGUUACUCUGAUGUCGGGGUCUUUUUGUUUACUGAACAAUAGCCAGGCUUCUACAAGUUUUACCUAACACAUCCUUCCUCCAGUGAGAAAAUCUGAUCCAUCAAAUCUUCUUGGACUGUAGAAGAGUGAUGAGGUGAUCUAGACUGGAGUAAUUCCAGUAUGGUUUUCCUCAUAUGGGAUGAGAAAAGAUAAGUGUCCUGCACUGCAGAUGGCCUUGUGUUCCCUAUUUAUUGCUUGCUAGUCUGGACUCAGCUUUGGUGGAUGAAGAACAUUUACAACUCUAAGAUGUUUGACAGAAUCAAACCAUCUGAUGAAGCUUCUGCUUCUUCACAAGGAAUUGAAAGACAUUGUAUUGAAGGCUCUAUGCGACAGGACAGCAGCAGCAGUUUACACACAAGAGGGCAAGAACAUCCUCAGCCUGGAGUAUCUACUGUGCAAAACAGACAAGGAUACUGCAACUGUUGCCACGUACACUACAGUAAUCUGGAACAGCAUGUUUUCAGCUCCCAGCAUAGGCAUUUUACCACUUACUGUAGGAAUCGUAUGGGCACCAGUAGCCUGAUGGAGCGUUUCCUGCAAGAUGUUUUACAGCAUCAUCCCCACAGAUACCAUGACAACAGGCCAACCUAUGAUGACAUGCCACUCCCCAUCACUCCAGAGGCUGAUAGAAUUGCUUGCCUGUCCCCAGAAGAGAUGGAGGAAAAGAGGAGCAGAGGCAGACAGGAAAUUUCCGGCAAAGACCAGGAGUCUGUUGGUGAAAUACGCUCUUCUGCUCCAUGUGUGUCUCGUGAGAGCACAAAGAAAACUUCUGUAGCACAAGCAUGUAUUCAAAAACUAGAAAGACGGCAGGAACAUGUUACAAGACCAUCACAGCAGUUUGUGGGCAUUUGUAGCAACAAGAAAUGGGAUACCAUGAAAGAUGCUCAAAUUGCAAAUCAUAGCCAUGGAGGCCAGUUUACAGCUGUAAACUCUGUACCUCAGCAUUCUUCUGUAAAUCCUUUAAUCCGUAGUUCUUCUGCUAAUCCUAAAACAGGAAAAAAUGUUAGGAAUUUGGCAGCAUCAAAUCUGAUUCCGCAUAGUGGAUGUGAUAAAACAGGAAUGAAGGUAUGCAGUAGUGAUGUGUUAUUGAACCCAUGCUUGAUUCCUCCAGCACUGAUUCACCCAAAAUGCCCUUCAGUUUCUCAUCAGAAUCUUAUGUGCAGCCACAGCAAUUCUUUAUGUAUUACCUCAGGUCAAUCUCUCUCAAAACGAGAUGGUUUGCGAACUCAGGAUGAAACUUUGGUGUCUGAUUUCCAUCUCAGGGAUACUGGGAGUAUCAGCAGCUCCCUGCAUCUUGGGACUUCCCCACAACUAGCAAGAUGCAAAAACGUGAAAACAAGCAGAGAUUAUGCAAGUACAGUGGAUGAAACUAUUGAAGAUGUUAUUUUGAAAUACUGCCAUGGAAAUACAUCUGAAAAAAAAUAUUUCAAAGAAGAGAAUAAGCCCUGUUUAACUUUUUCAUCACUUCUGGACCAUACUCAUUUAGAGGGUUCUGAAAUGAGUUUUGACUGUGAUGCACCUAUUCAGUCAGGAGCAGACUUACCCAAGGCAGCUAUAAAAGAUAUAGAAUUCCUAAAAGAGGUCCAAAUAAGCUUGCGAGAUAAAGACUAUGAAACACAACUCUCUUCUGUUUUAAAAAAUAAGUCAAUAGACAAAAUAGAAGCAGUGAAACAGGGUGUUGUAGUUCAUACUGAAGAACCAGUUCUUCCAGCUCUGCCUCAUGUGCCUCCUUCUUUUGUGGGAAAGACUUGGUCUCAAAUAAUGUAUGAAGAUGAUAUAAAAAUUGAAGAACUUGUACGUGAUUUCAGGGAAGGUCGUUUUCGCUGCUACUUUGACAGUGAAUCCUCAGCUAACUGUACAGGGAAGAGAAUGAAGAAAAAAAAGGAUGAAAAACAUAAAAAUAUUAUUGGGGCUAAUAAAACAGAAGGUGUAUCAGUUAAAGUGUUGCCAGAAUUUAAUGAUGCAUUAAGUGGUGACUCUGAUUUUGAUAACCCAUCUUUAGCCUCAGAUACACUAUGCAACCCACAAGUUCUUAAAAUGCCUCAGAAAAGGACAUGGCGUCUGGCUUCAAGAUGCCAAGUGGUUAAAGUCAGCCAUGGCACCCAAACAAGUUUAUUGAACUACCCUGUACCAAAAAGAAAAAUGUCUAGAAGGGAAUCUGAUCCAGCUGAUCAGAAAGCAAGCAUUGUUUGGCCAGAGAAUGAAAAAACUCCAAACAUGAAAACUAGACUAUGUGCCCUUAAACUUCCUGAGUCCUAUAGCAAGAUUAUGAGUCCUGUACAGCCCAAGACAGUGGUGUAUGUACUUUCAUGUCCAGAGGUAAAACAGUGUAAAGGCAAACCUAUAGAUAUUCCCAAAAUGAGAAACAAGCGGAACUCCACAGAAAGCAAGGACUCUGUAAGGUACAAAUACAAACAGUGCUCUUUAAAGUAUUAUGACCCACUGACAAAUCGAAUUCUGAAAAUGCCACCGAAGAGUACAGUUGGAGAAAAAGCCAAAAAGCCCUCCCAUGUUCGACAGCUUUUCAGAAGUCUCAGCUUUGAUGCAAACAUGAGGAAACUAACUGACACACAGAGAGAAAGCACGCCGUCAAAGUCACUUGAUUGCUCAGACUUCUAUAGUUCAUCUUCAGCAUCUUUUCUGCCAGAUCCAGGUAAAGGGAAUGAUGCAGCCUCCAGUCCAAAGGCAGAUGGAUCUUCUGUUUGCACAGAAAGAACAGAUUGUCUGGUAUCUGGUCACUCUGAGAACUCUCUUAAACAUGUAAUCAUUUCACCUUUGAACUCUCACCAGUCUGUGGUAGAAGCAGAUGUUAGAUUAACUCCAUUUAACAGCAGAGUUACCAAAACUCCUCUGACUUCUAUCAGGAGCGAGAGGCUAGAGAGGGAGAGUCCAAAGGCAAUAUGGAAGAGAAAAGAAGGCACUAAUAAAGAACCAGUUUUUUCAAGAAAGGCUGCAGGACCGAUGUCUGUCAGAUGUGCUGUUGGGAGGAGAGGAAACAGAGUAACCACAGGCAAGCAACCUUCCAGAACUAAAAAACAGCAAAAAGAGGGGAUGAGAAGGCAACUUCGUUCUCAUUCCCAGAAAUCAUCUGCAUUCUCCAUCUGUAGGUGCCAGACAAGGAAAACUACAGUGGGAAAGCACCUUAAGAAAGAGAAGCCUGAUGCUAAAAAAUUAAAGGUGAGGAGGAAACCAAAACGGACCUUUCUGAACUCAACAGUUGUCACAGGGAUUCCUGAAAAGAGGCAGAAAGUCAUGUCCAAAUCUUUCCCAAAGAAGCCAGAGGGAGCUUCUUCCAAAGUCAGGAAGUGGGAAAUAAGUGCAGAUCAGAGUCACCCUGGCACUGUGAACCAACCCUCUAGAAGCACUUCUACUGUACCAUUACUACGAAAAUGUCUUGUUCUACCAGGUGAGAGCUAGCUACCAAAAGAACUUUUUUUUUAUAGCCAGCACCUGGAAAAAAUUGAGGAAAAGGAAGAGGAACAAAAGGAAGUCAUAGAUGAAACAGUUGAAGUGCUAGAUCUCCAGGAAGUGCAAAACCAGUCUAAUGUGAAACAUGUACAACUGUAAACUCAGCUCUUGUUCCUGGAAUAUGGGAAUGUAAUGUAUUGCACUGUUGUACUGUAUAAAGCUGCAGAAGUUGUGCAGUUAAGUUGAAAAGCACUUAGAAUCCUAUUUACUAGACUUCCUGGAAAUAUGUACAAAGCAGUUAUUUUGAAGAAAAAGUCACUGUGGGUUCUCAUCAAGCAAUAACGGCCCAUGCUGGUAAGGAGAUGUGUCUCUCUAGGGCACUGUUCAAGUGGUGGUGGCUACAGUGAAAUCUCAAAUUCCAGAAGAAAUAUAGGUUAAGGAUUUGGGUUGUGUGUUUGUUUUUAAAAUAGCUGAUUGAUUAAGUUUAUAGGUGUAUUUCACAUUCCUUGGGGGGGCAUGGAAAAGUUUUAAUACAAACAAAUAGCAGUGAGUUUGAGUUUCUGUGCUUUAUCAUUUUAAUUGGGUGCACUGCUGGUUACAUUUUUAUAUGCUGUAGUUGGAACUUCCUUUUUAAACUUUAAAUUUAAUAAACCUUAAGCAGCAUCCAACUAAAUGUAUUAGAGUUCAAAUAUCUGCUUAAGCAGGUAUUUGAAUAUUUGUUUAAAAUAUUUUGUUGAAUUAAAAUUAUAUUCAAUAGUGAUUCGUGUUUUGCCACUGAUGCUCUAACUACUAUGAUUUGAUGGCAAAAAAGUCUAGUGUUUUGAUUGAGGUUUGUUUUUUGAAUAGUUAUUAUGAUGACAGCUUAUUUAAUGUAUUUAGGAGACCUAAACCCCAGUCUUGCAGAUAUUUCUAUGGUUUAAAAUCCAAUAUUAAUUGUUAAUUUGUAUUAAGUUAAGCAUAUAAUAACAUAAUCACAGUCAGGGCUGUGAUUUGUAAAUCUGCAAUUUGGUAUAUUAUAUAAUCUUAAUGUAAAGGCUUUUACAAAUUCAGUAGUUGUACAAUACAUCUUUCAGAACACAAGAAAAACAUUAAAAAGACCAGACCCUGCUCUCUCUACAAUUGAACAUAACAUCUGUGCAUUUUCCCCUGAAAAAAACAAAAUUAUUCUUGAGUCAUUUUCUGAAGUCUCAAGGGUCACUGGUUGGAUUAAGAUAAAGGUGGACUUUGAAAUGUUUUAUUUUAAUAUACUGUAUCUGAAGGAAAUAGAAGAGCUGUCAUCAUAAACUACUUGUUGAAAAAUAUUUUUGGGAUUUUUUCAGUAUAUGUGGCAGGGUAAAUAAAAGAUGUGCAUGCACUUAAGUGAGCUGGUAACUAAGUUCCUUUACAGGUUAAAUAUGGUCUGACAGAUUAUUGAUAAAAAAAAAAAAUUUAGAAAGAAAAGUUUAUUUCUAUGGAUAAAUUGUCCUAUGGUUGUCAGUAGACACAGAAUCUUAUGACUGUAUUGCAAGUCACUGGAAAAUGAAGGGUUAUGAGUUCUUGUAGCCCACUUAACUAAUUGUGCCUGUAUAAUUUAAUAUUUUGUCUGAUAUAAAAUUUGUCUGAUAUGAUUUUUUUUAAAGCAAAGUUUUAAAGGAAUGGUUUUUAUAGAAAGGCUAAUUUUUAGAUAGAGCAAAAGUUUUUUAGAUAAAGAUUGUUUUAAAGCAAAGCUUUAAAGUAACUAUAGAUAACUCCCAUUCUAACAUAUUUUUAUGAUACAAAAAUGUUUUUCUAUCUAACUUCUUCCAUCUUAGUUUUCACAAUGUUGUACACAUGAGAAGAGCAUUGUUUUGUGUGUGAAUAAGGCUUAAGGUCACUAGUGCAUAUUGUUUACAGCCAAAAAUACUGUUCUCCAUACUGAUUCACUGCAAGCUUGUGUUUCUCCAGCACACUUUUCCUUUAAACCUUGAGUAAUAAAAGUACCUUGAAGACUAUAGAAUGACUAAUGUUUUUAGACUGAAAUGUCUUUUAUUAUUAUUUUUUUAUUAAUUUAUUUUUUAUAUAAUAGACCCCUUUGUCAGGGUGGGAUUUUUAAAAGGAAAAUAUAUUUUAUAUUUAAAUAAAAGUGUAGCUAUAUAUUUUCAGUAAAAAAAACCACAACAACAAACAAAAAACCCAAACAAAACAAAGCAAAAAUACAAACAAAACGAAAAAAAACAACAACACAAAAAAACCCAACCCAAACCCAACAGAAAAACCAAACAAAACCCACUGAACCCAUAACAGAACAGCAAGUAUGAAAUUUAACUUUUUUUUUAUUUUUAAUUGGACUUAAGACCCUAAUGUCUGAAAACAUUUUUGUGCUUCGUAGUGUCAAAGUUACUGGAAGUUUUCAUGUUAUUCUCUGCUUCACUUCUGACUGCUUGGAAACCUCUUGUGUGCAUGCUCAAUGGCUGCCAGGAAAAGAGGGAGACUGAGAUAUGAGAAGUAAAUGUAGAAGCUGCUUUGGAAAAGGGAAUUGAUGAAGAGAUGUGCAAAAUAAAAGAGGGGCAGAAACACUCAAAAUAUCAUGUGCAUGAUGGAGAAAAGAGGUUUCUGGGGUCUUGAGGAAUUAGUCAUACACCUUCCAAUCAGAUAAAUUAUACAGAUUCUGCCGCCGUUAUUGAAUAGCACAUUGUUGCCAUUAUUUUCAUGAGCAGCAUGGCUGAAGCUUGGAAACAGGAUUGUGAAGUCUACACCAAUGGAAAACUUGAAAGCCGAAAUACUUUCUUACUGAAAUUGAUAGGAAGGUUGAGGGGGUGUUUUUGUUUUGUUUCUUUUUUCAUGUUACUGAACAAAGAUGUUUGUCAGUAUGCUUGCAUCUCUUACUCUAAGAAAAGAUAACUGAAUUAAAAAUGAAUGAAGUCAUGCUUUUUUAAUUUAAUUGGCUGGAGUUAGAUGCAGGAUAUUUUAUAAUAGUUGAGAAAAAUGUUACCAUUUCUUCUUCUAUGCAGAUGUAAUUUUGUCCUUUUGCAAGUUCAUACUUAAGUUUUUUAUACAUUCAGUAAUUUAAAAAAUGUUUCUCCCCUACAAAGUACUCAUUCAACCUUUUAAAACAAUCUAAUUCUAAGCAGCUUGAUUUUUAUUAUUUACUUGUAUUGUGAACCUCGAGUGUGACCCAGACUCAUACUGUGCCAAGUGCUAACCGAACAGAAUAGCAAGUCCCCAAAACUUUAAAUGUCUGAGGCACCCAGCAGUUCUUCAGUUCCUUUUAUUAUAGGAUUUUUUGCUUUCUAAUUCUUUCUCACAAGUUUGCAUCCAAUGUUCUUGUAAUUGUAGUAUGAAAGUGCUCCUGUCUGGGACUCAGAUAAAAUGAAGUAUUUAGUUGCAUUUAUAAUGAGACUAUGACUUAAUCUGAAGUUGUGUUUAACUUUCAUGCUAAAUUUGUGCCCAAAUGAGAAUGUGGGUUUGUUGUUUUCAUGUUCUUGUAGUUGGUAAUGUACUUUGCAGUACUCUUGUGUGAUGUGGUAACUUUUCACCUGCUUCUCUGUAUCUACUAUCUGUGUUCAUUUGGACACAAUGUGACUUCGUCAGAGUACAGUGUUACUUCAAGCUUGUCCGGUGAGGUUGCUGGAUGCUCUAUCUUCAGCUCCUUUAGUUUCAGAUUUAUUAUUUCUGUGUUUCUCCUCCAUCAUGCAUUUGGAUUUUUUCUUUAAUGUUGUGAAGAGCUAAAAUACAGGAUAGGAUCUUUUGUUUGCAAGUAAAUCAGUGACAGAUAACAGAAGUGCAUGGUGUCCUGAUUUGAAGUACAGAGGACAAGCUGGUAUGUGUGCUUGGAAGCCUGCUGGUUUCAUGAAGGAGUUCAAAACAGGAGUGAUUCUUGAUUUCUUUAGCUGUCUUCCUUUCUGUUUUUCCCUAGGGUAACUCUGCCUGAAAAUGGAGUAAUCUGGAUUCAUACUUACUCUAAAAUAGAAGUGUUUCAGUUGUUGUUCUUUUGGGGACAGAUAAGAAAAGUAAAAUGUAUCUCACUUGCUAAUGCAAUUAAAAUCCCAGAAUUUUUGUCUUUAAUGGUUUAUAUGCUAUGAAUUAGAUCAUUCCUGAUCAUCUUCUUCAAAAAGCUCUGUAGUACCAUUGAGCUGGGUAUGCCUGGAAGUGAAGGUUUUGUUUCUUGCUUGCUUAUGUUUUGCAGUUAUGAAUUUAUUAUUUUUUUCAGCAGAAAAAAUAUUGUUUUAAUAAAAUACUGAAUUUAUGGUUUUGUAGUUUCUUUAUUCCUGAAGUGGAAUUUAACUUGAAACUAUGUGCUAUAAUAUGUUGUGGAAAAAACACCACAGAAUAACUUACUACUUUUGAAGAAGGCCAGGCAUAAUUUAAGCAGCUGUUCAUAGCUGUAUAUCUUGACCUAAGUUAAAGUCUUCUGUUGACUUCAGGGAAGCCAAGAUUCAUCCCAUCCUGUGGCAACUGAAGCAGACAUCCUUGGAUGUCAUUGAAAAAGCACUGGAUGUAUUUGAGAUGUCUAAUUGCAUGUUGGCAGCAGGAAAUCAAGAAGCACUAAGCACAUGGCAAGCUCGAUUCCUGUAGACCUUAGUUUUUUCAGAAUGUGCACUUAAGAAAUGAGGGCAGGAACUACCAGUAUCAUAAUGCUGAGAAGCUUUCUACUUUAUACAGAAUGGAUUAGCUUCUCUGAAAGGAAAUCAGUCCUGAUUAUGAUCUUACAAUGCAUGCAGAACUCUUCAAAGCUGUGUGCAAAGGUACUUCUGAAAGUGUUUUUUCUGGUGUAUAGAAUACUGGGGUACCUUGAACAAUAGGAUACCCUGUGUAGAAGACCUUGGUUCCUUAAAUUUAGUAAUUUGCUGUUUUUAAUAGUGCCUGUUUCACCGAGCAUGAUCUUUCGCAGGAGCAAUGCACACAGAUGUGUCAGUUUGAAUCAAUAAAUGGCUGAAAGGCAUAGACAUCAUGUUUCCUGAAGCUGCAAUACAUCAAUAAAAUUUCAGGACAUGCUUUACAGUUUUCAACCUAUACUUGAAGAUGGCUAAGUAUUGUAUAGUUGGCUAGAAUGAAAUUACUACUGUCUAAUAAUUCAUUGAAGACACAACAUAUUGUGAACCAUCUAAAUAUUUAGUUACAAACAUGAUACUCGAACCAAAGUCUGUCUGUUGCAUCUUGGGAAAUGUGUCCAGUAUAAUGGAGCUCCAGGUCAAACUGGAAUGUUUUAGAUUUAUUAUUAAAUUAAUAACAUGGUUUUAGUUGACUUCGGAUUAAUUGGAUUUAUUAGUGUCUUGAUGCACAAAAUUUCUGUGUUACUGUGGUCCUGGAAGUAAUGAUUUUCUUGAAAUGCAGAAGUGUUGUUUUUAAUGAAAUAUAUUAACAUAAAUAAUUGUUACAGCUUACAUGAUUUAACGAUGUCAGUGAUUCUAAACCCAGGUUUUUUCUUUGUCAGUGUUUCUCCAUUAAGGAAAACUGAAAAACAAAAAACAGUUAUUCCCAAAUAUUAGCAUUCAUAAACAGGGCUUUUAAAUCUCUCACAUCCUCAAAUAAAAAUACACUUCAGUGUACUAAGCUGAUCAGUUUUUCGUAUUUGCUGUGUCGUAUUGCUUUAUUGUUGGCACUGGUGCAACUGAAAAUGUUGGUUAUAGCUUAUUUAGUCAUUCUUAAUAUUGUACAAGCAAGUUGCAGAAUCAAAAUAUAUCCUUGUUAGCUCAGGCAGAGAGCUUAGACACUGUCUGCAGGCAUGGAGGUUGUGCUGUAAGAAAUAAAAGUGAAGGGGGUAGCCAUAGUUCUUGGCAUAUCUGUUGCAUCCCUUGUGAAUGCAGUGUGUGUGCAUGACUUGCUUUUGAUUGCAGUAAAGAUUUAAGAUUAAGAGGGUAGAAGUGAGGAGAGGUCUUGAAGAUGAAGUAUAGCUUGGAACUAGAUUAAUGUAUAUUCAGUUUUUCUUACCUUUGUUUUUCUUAUCUAGUGUUUAUCUUUGUUUUGUGUGAAACUCUGCAAAAGGUGUAAAAAUCCAUUUACUUCCUGUGGUGGCAGAUUCCAGCAUUCUUUCUUUUGUUGUGUUACUUGUAUUUACUUAACACAUGGAUAAUAUUGCUCUUUACUGCUCCUGGUUUUGAUUCUUUCAGGUACUGCUAAAAGGGGUAGUAUUAUUAUAACAAAGAAUGGGUAUAUGCUUCUUUUUGAAGGCUACAAAGAAAAGUUGUAAGGCAGUAUGUGGCUACCAGCAGGUAUCUCCAAACACUGAAAGGAACUCUGUUAAAAUUGUGGUCUAAUGAUGACUAAUCAAUCAAUCAGUUGCCCAAAUGAUAACAGAAGCACUUGUGCUUUUUGUUUUAAUGGCGUUAGACUCAAUCUGCAUACAAUUUAAAAUAAAUGUACUGACUGUUUGGUAACAUUUUUUUGAUUUUCAAAUAUGUUUAACACUUCAAUUUUCCAUUCUGUUUUAGCUAGUUGUCAUUUCCUGAGUUACUGCCAACACACAGUAGUUUUGAAUGGAUCUGGGGUCAGGAUAAUGUUGUAGUCAAAAUCAGCAUAUCUUCACCUACCACAAUUAGUUAAUGUUUACACAGUGCUUCUUGUGGAUGUAAAAAACUUGAAAGUGUUCAAUAUUAUCGAGAGUUAUCUUCAGUAUUCUUAUUUUAGAUGUUAGUGUUCAGUGGGUUUUGUGAAAUGCAUUGGUAAGCACUACAUUUUUUUCUUUUUAGAGCUUAAAAGGCAACACACUAAUGGGAGUUGUAUUUUUCAUAUUUUUUUUCUAACUUUAUAGAAACUGUCCACUUUCUCCCUCACACUCCCCAAUUUUAAAAUAAGAAUUCAUCUGCAAUGCAGAGUCCUCCAUCUUUAUUUUUCUCGGAGUAGGGUGUGAUGAGUGUCAUUUGGCUGUAUCGUGAAUGUACUUUUAUGUAAUUAUGCAGUAAUUGCCUGUCCCUUCAUAGAUAGUUCUGUCUUUGAAUAGAAACUGUAAAGGGGAGCCAGACCUCCACACCUGUCUGUCUUCAGUCCUUGGGUCUUGUUUUAUUGCCUACCCCACCCUUUUCAGGCUCGCUGGUACAGCCAGUGUGUCAACUACUCUAUUUUCCUUUAUUUCACAUAACUCUAGGGUAUUUUUAAUGUUUUUAAUUCCCAGAGAAGUAUUGAUUGAAAGUCCAUUUUCAACCAGUUUUUUCUGUAAGAGUCACAUCUCCGUGUGUGUUUGGGGAAACAAAAUCUGACAGUUACAUUUUGGCAACUUUUGUGUUCCCACUGCCUCCUCUAAGCUCACAGAACUUCAGUAAAGGCUGAGGUUGGCAGGCACCUCUGGAGAUGAUCUGGUCCAGGCCCUGCUCAGCGCAGCCACAGUUGGAGCACCCCACAUGCCAUGGGGUUUUGAGUACCUCCAAGCACACACACUUCACAGUCUAUGUGAGCAACCUGUUCCAGCAUCUGACCACCCUCACAGUUAAAAAGGUUUUUAUCUCUGUGUUUAAAUGGAAUUUUCCAUGUUUCAGUUUGUGCUUGAUGCCUUCUGUCAUUUCACCCCACACUGUUGAGAAGAGCCUGCCUGCUGGCAGCUGGACCUGCUUGUGCUGUGUGUCCCCAGGUGUGCUGGCACAGCCUGCAGUGGCUGUGGGGGAAGCUGGCACUGAACUCCUUGCCCAUAAAGGAGAGGUGGCUGUGACAAACAGCUGCGCCAAUGAGGACCUGUGCAGGCUUUGGUUUUGCUGUGGUUUACCUGGCUUCUGUGGUAAAAUGAGUCCUCUAAACCAACUUCCUAAGGCCUAACACUUCCUCCUUUUUAUCCUUCACAGGAGCUAAGGUUUUGUUUUGGUUUGUUUUUUUUUCAAUGGAGGAUUUUUCCUUAGUUCUUUUUAAAAAAUAUUUUAAAUUAUACGAGUUUCCUGACUGUAAAUCUAAGACUUCACAGUUGUUUGCUACUUGAGAGUGAAGAGGGCUAUCACUUAUGUCACUGUCUCAGGUUUGUGCUUACAAGGAAGGAAGAUUUUGUUUGUGAAAUAUGAUGUUUGACGGUAUUUACAUGCUAAGUGUGGAUGCUUCUGUAGGGAAAGUUUGUGGUGGUUUUGAUUUUUAUUUAAAUGUUUAAACUUAAUGCACUUGAUUUAAGUGAAGGUCAUGUAGCAUCUCAGAAAUCUGUGGGAGGAUACCUGCUCUUCUUCAGCCUUAAUACACAUAGAAUUUUCCUCUUGUAAUUGCAAAACACAUCUACUACACUGAAAAUACCUGUAUGGUAUUCAGUAUUUGGUAUCAAGUUUUUAUCUGUUCAUGUUUGUGGAUACACUGGACUUAUUUGUCAGCUAGUGUUUCAUUAAAAGAUGGGUCUGAGACAAAUUAUUGUGUUGAAGUAACAGACUUUUGAAAGUUUGGAUGUGGAUCCUAAUUUUGCAGUUUGAAUACAUUAAUAAAUAAAAAAAGAAAAUCCAGAA